AUCUUCUGACACAUCUUGAUUGCAUUUUCAUUAUAUAGAUUUCUAAGCUCACAAAAAAAAAAAAAAAAUCCAUUCUCUCUCUCUCACUCUCUCUUUCUUUUUCCCUCAAAAGUUCUCUCUGUUACUCAUCAAAGUUUGCUUUGUUUAUGCUUGGCUUGCAUCAAAUGAUUUAAAAAGAUGAGGGUCAAAUCAACAACUCAUCUAUUCUCAGUUACAAGAUCAUGAAGCACGUGUGCUUUUCAAUAUUCGUCACACCAUCUAUGUAGUAACAUAUAUAUAUAUUUAAUAUUAUGAACUAUAUAAUAUACAAAGUAUAUUAUAAAAUCAAUUAUCUCUUCUCUUUUCUUUAUUUUUUUUUUAUACAAAGGCUUCAUCUAUUUCUUUUUCUUCCUUCUUCUUCUUCUUCUUGCAAUUUUUAAGGUAUCUCUAUAUGAUAAUUUCAUGAAAAAACAUGCAAAAAAUUAAGAAGAAAUGAAUCUCAAACUUGAUUUGUAGAUUCAUCACUUCAAUGUGUUGAUCUAUAUAUAGAUUCAUCGUAAAGCCGAAGGUACGGUGCUAGUUGCUUACAAUUGAAACUCGAGGCCUAAUUCGAGUGAUUUAUGUGCAGAGUGUGUGUUGUAAACUUGGAAGUACUGAAUUCGAUUUAAUAGUAAAAAAGAAAACAAAAUUAUACAAUUGCAUGUGUUUGUGUAUGUACUUGUUUGUGUUCUAUUUAUGUUGUGUUGAAACAUGUGGUUUAUGUUGUGUUGUGUGUGUUGGAUUUGAAGUAUGAAAGGUUAUUGUAACUAAUUAACGUACUUGUCUCUCUUUUCAUUUCAGUGAAGUAACAAACAUCAUAUUUUUACUCAAAAAAUAAAGACACCAAUGGCAGCAUACUUUCAUGGUAAUUCUGAAAUCCAAUCAAGUGGUGGCGGCGGCGGUGGCGCCGACGGACUUCAAACACUUGUUCUAAUGAAUCCAAGCUAUAUGCAAUAUUCAGACAACUCACAACAACAGCAAGCUCAACAGCCUACUCAUGCCUCCGCCGCUGCCGGUAACUUUGUUUUUCUCAACUCAACAACUACAGAAAACAACUCCUUCUCACCUCACGCGCCACCAUCCAACACACAACAAUUCGUUGGCAUCCCUCUCGGAAACCAACACCAAAUCCACGCGCACCACCAUGACGUUGUACCUUCCUUGCAUGGCUUCCUUCCUCACAUGCAGUACAAUCAGUGGAACACAAUUGACCCAAAUACAGCGGCGCGUGAAACACCACGCGCUCAACAAGGACUGAAUUUAACCCUCUCUUCACAGCCAGCACGGUUUAUGUCAUUUCGAGAGGGUGCUGCUAUGUCUGGUGGGUCGCCAUCAACGCCGGCUUCUGGUGUUACUACUAAUAACAAUGGGAAUUCAGGGAUUCAGGUUUUGAGUUCGAAGUAUUUGAGGGCGGCGCACGAGCUUUUAGAAGAGGUUGUGAAUGUUAAUGUUGGUGUUGAAUUGGGAAAGAAGAGUGGUGGAUUGAAUAAGGUGAUCGGAGAGUCGUCGGGAGUUGGAAGUGGAGGAGAUGGAUCAACUGUUGGUGGUGGGGAGGGAAGUGGGAAGCGUAGCACUGAGCUAUCAACGGCGGAGAGACAAGAAAUACAGAUGAAGAAAGCUAAGCUAAUUACCAUGCUUGAUGAGGUGGAACAAAGGUACAGACAAUAUCACCAUCAAAUGGAGGUUGUGGUCUCCUCAUUCGAACAAGCUGCCGGCCUUGGUUCUGCGAGGACAUACACUGCUCUUGCCCUGCAAACAAUCUCGAAACAAUUUCGGUGUUUGAAAGAUGCCAUAACAGGACAAAUUAAAGCUACAAAUAAGAGCUUAGGAGAAGAAGAUUGCUUUGGUGGUAAAAUUGAAGGUUCAAGGCUUAAAUAUGUUGAUCAUCAACUACGUCAACAACGCGCUCUACAACAGUUGGGAAUGAUCCAGCACAAUGCUUGGAGACCCCAAAGAGGAUUGCCUGAAAGAUCUGUUUCUGUUCUUCGUGCUUGGCUCUUUGAACACUUCCUCCACCCUUAUCCCAAGGAUUCAGACAAGCACAUGCUUGCAAAACAAACAGGGCUUACUAGGAGUCAGGUUUCAAAUUGGUUUAUAAAUGCUCGAGUUAGGCUUUGGAAGCCAAUGGUUGAAGAAAUGUACUUAGAGGAAAUGAAGGAGAAUGAACUAAAUGGAUCAGAAGAUAAAUCAAGCAAGAGCAAUGAAGAUUCAUCUAUGAAAGUGCCAUCCCCUCAAGAGAAAGGUCUUGAAACAGAACCUAAAGGUUACAAUUCCACACAAGACAUUUCCCAAAGCCAAGACACAUCAAUAAUUUCUGUUUCUAGACCACAAACAUCACCACAUGUUGGAAAUGUUAGAAACCAAUCAGGAGGAUUCAGCUUCAUUGGAUCAUCAGAACUAGAAGGUAUACCACAAACAAGUCCUAAAAAACCAAGGAACCAUGAACUUAUCCAUAAUCCUAAUAGUUUCAUUGAUGUUAAGCACAAUGAGGCAAAUAAUGAGAUAAAAUUUGGUGAUGAGAGACAGAAUAGAGAUGGAUACUCUUUUAUGGGAAACCAAACAAAUUUCAUGGGUGGAUUUGGACAAUACCCAAUUGGUGAUAUUGGUAGGUUUGAUUCAGAACAAUUUACACCAAGGUUUUCAAGUAAUGGUGUUUCACUCACUCUUGGUCUUGACUCAAUACAAGGAAAUCAUCAACAUCAAACAUUUCUACCAAACCAAAACAUUCAACUAGGAAGAAGCAUUGACAUAAGUGAACCAAAUGAGUUUGGUUCCAUAAACACUUCCUCUCCUCAAUAUGAAAGUAUCAACAUGCAAAACCCAAAAAGGUUUGCUGCACAAUUGUUAUCAGAUUUUGUGGCAUAAAUAAGACAUUGAAGGGUGAGCAAUGUGGUUGUUGAAACUGAAAUUUCUUUCUUCUUAUCACACUCUCUUGAAAGGGAGUAUUGAAAAAUUUGUAGUGUAAAGAGAAAGAAGAAAUUUUACUUUAGUAUAGGUUUAUACCCUACAUAGAACCAUUUGAAUUCUUAGACAUAUAGCUUAGGAUUUGAUGGUAUAUGGUUGAGGUUGUAUAUUAUUUUUGUAAUUUUUAUAGGUGGGAUAAGAUAGAUGGGUUGGUGUCAUAAAUUUUAAUUUGGUAUACAUACCAAUAUAUCUUUGAUUGGGAAUAUAUGUUGUGAUAUUUUGCAAUAUACUUUGUUGAAUAAUCAAGAAACAAUUACCUUUUGUAUUUUUAA